CCGUGACAGCCAGUUAGUCGUUCUCCACUAGUCGUUGUCGACGGUCACCUCUGUCUCGCUCGUUGCCCACUUCCACCACUCGCCCCGUCGCAAAAACCGAGUUUCCAAAAAAGCCCGAUCCCAGCUCCAGCCUUGUUUCAAAGGACUCAUUUUAGAGCCAUUCGUAUACACUCAAGACUCGGUGGCAAUCCGGAAUGCAAGCCCCAAUAAGUCGAGCAAUGGGCGCAGCUCUACAACAAUUACAGCAAUAAUUGUUGAACACUAAUUCGCGUUUUAGACGGGCUUUCCCGGAGUAACGCCCGGUACUCUCCUCUAGUUGUUGGCCUGGCCUUUUGAAAUCCAGCACAAAGCCAUCAAGAGCCGCAAACAAGAUCUGAAAGUCAAGACUUUAUAGACCACCAAACCAUUUGUACAAUCAGCAAGGAACACCAACUACAAAGUAAACGGACAGAAACACUCUACUGUCAACAGGACAGAAGCAUAAAUCACUACACAGCAACACAAUGGCCUUAAUUAUGAAAUACAUCGACAGCAUAAGCAGAUACAUAGACUCACAUAGUGACUCGAGGACGAAAGGCUGGCCCAUGAUGUCGUCCCCGUUCCCCACACUGGCCGUUUGCCUCACAUACGUCUAUCUGGUCAAGGUGCUAGGACCCCGAUUAAUGGAGAAUCGAAAACCGCUGCAUCUGCAGAACACACUAGUCAUGUACAAUGCCAUACAGGUUGUUUUCAGCGCGUGGCUCUUUUACGAGUGCUUGAUGGGCGGCUGGUGGGGCUCGUACAGCUUCCGGUGCCAGCCGGUGGACUACACAGAUAGUCCAACAUCCCGGAGAAUGGUUCAUGCUUGCUGGUGGUACUACUUCUCAAAGUUCACCGAAUUCAUGGAUACGAUUUUCUUCGUGUUGCGUAAGAAGACCAGCCAGGUUACCACGUUGCAUGUCAUCCAUCACGGCUGCAUGCCCAUGUCGGUUUGGUUCGGCGUUAAAUUCACCCCGGGUGGCCACAGCACCUUCUUCGGUCUACUGAACACCUUCGUCCACAUUGUGAUGUACACCUACUACAUGUUCUCUGCCAUGGGUCCACAGUACCAGAAGUACCUCUGGUGGAAGAAGUACCUAACCACCCUGCAGAUGGUCCAGUUCAUCCUGAUCAUGGUGCACGCCUUCCAGUUGCUUUUCAUCGACUGCAACUACCCGAAGGCGUUCGUCUGGUGGAUUGGCAUGCACGCUGUUAUGUUCUUCUUCCUGUUCAACGAGUUCUACAAAGCAGCUUACAGGAGCCGCAUGAUGAAAAAAAAUGGAGUGCUAGCCAACGGACACGCCAAGCCCAACGGCUACUGCAAGAGCAUCAACGCCCAUGACGACCUCGCCAUGCCACAGCCGGUGGAGGCGGCGGCUGCCGCUACCGUGGCGCCUGUAUCAAAGUCCAACGGGAGCACCUCCCCACUGAGCAAUGGUCAUGCAAAUGGGCUGUCUAAUGGAUAUAAGCAGCUGGCUAACGGCAAUGCGCAUAAGGGGACAAACGGCGGGCUUUUAACAAAUGGAUAUGCCACUAAGCUCUUGGACGAUGCCUCCCAAGAUCUGAAACAGCGGAAGACGCCGAAAUAAUAUCGGAGCAAUAUGGGGCGGCGCCAGCACAGAGCUUAGGAGCCAGAAUCGCCAGGAGGUUCCUGGGAAAAGCAGAGCUCCAGAGUCAUUUCCACAGCCACACACAUAUUCAUUAACUUCAACUCACUUCACACCGCAGUUCAUCCACACUUCUACGCAAGAAUCCACGUUCAAAAGCGUUUGGAAAAUGCUGAGUAAGCGAAGAUAGCGAAAAGUGAAACAUAUACAACUACCACGCUUAUUCCGUACUUUUGCGGACAUUCUCCCACAGCUACAGCUCCAUGCACCCGAACAUAAAAAAAUAUGCUAAAAGUAUGCUCCAGACAUACUGAAGCAUAAGCAUAUGUAUAGGCAUUGCGAUUGCAUAUGCACCCAUUCUUAUAGCGUACUAUUUCAAAUAUGUUUUGUUGCUUCUUUUUCUUUAAUCUACUUUAGUUGUACAAAGCUUACUUAUCAUAAGUACCCCAGCGGAUUGUAUAAUAAAAAGCCAGCAUACAAAUGAAGAUUUCAACUAACCAGCAACAUAAACAGAAGUCCAGCAUAAACAAUUUAAAAACUAAAGCUUAUGUUUAAUACAGCUAGUUUGUGUGCGAGCAAGGAAUUCAACUACGUAUUUAAGCCUAGAAUUUAAAAUAUACCUAGGUGUAUAAACCACAUGCAUAUAUUAAAAAAUAAAAAAAAGAGCUAACGGCAAGUUUUGUAACUGUAUAAAGCAAAAACAAAUGUAAUUUAAAAUUAGACACAAUAAUUGUUAAAAAUAAAUGUCAUUCAAAAUUAGCCGAAAUCAAUUUACGUUAAACAGCAAACUACAACCGCAAGUAUUCGACAGAUUAUGUAAAACGUUUAAAAGGAUUAAAAAAAUAAAACGAAAUUUACGAAGACAUUAAGAAAUCACCGCCUAAAAUUUCAUUAAUUUAUUACAAAUAAAUGAUGCCGCUAAACUAAAUCCGAAGACGGGAAAUAAAUGUGCAUUGACCCUUAAAGACGGUGCAUGCCCAAAAGCAUACACACUUCAUCAAUAUUAAUAGCAAAGGGAACACAAAUAGGAAUAAACAUAAGGUCGAUCCAUUUGAAACCGAGCAUAAAAUUCUGAAAAUGGUUGGAAUCAAAAACAAAAUAGACUGUAAGUCCCACACUUUAGGUAUGCAAUUUCAAUACGUUUUGUAUGUGUAAUACCCAUUUUUGUGGAGCAGUGUGUAAACAUUACCUAUGUAACUAUUAUUAUACAAAAACAAAAAAAAAAAACAUUUGUAGAAAAUUAGGUGAAAAUGGAGUGGAGCAUUUUUUCAAUAAAAAUACUGAACUAAAUUAA